GCAGGAGACUCGGAACACUACCUCUUCCUCUCUCUCAACCGCAGAAGUUCUUUCAUCCCAUCGUUUAGACCGCCUCCCAACAUCUCUCUCUCUCCCUCCCCCAAUCGUCCAUCCUCCUCGUUAGAGAUGUCCUCCGGCCCACCACCAGCAGCCGUCCCCACCGGCCCCCAGCCCUACUUCUGCCAUCACUGCAAUCGCCCUGUCUCCAUAACUCCAUUACCUUCCUCCGAUCUUGUCUGCCCUAUUUGCAACGGUGGCUUCCUCGAAGAAUACGAACCCCCCACAAACCCUAACCCUAAUGUCUUCCUCUCCUCCUCCUCCUCAGACAAUCUUCCCCCCUUCCCUUCUCCAUUUCCUUUCCUGUUUUCCUCCUCCAACCCCGCCCUCGAUCUUCAAUCCCAGUCCGAUCUAUCCGUCCUCUUAGGUGGCCCCCACCACCAAUCUCCGUCCUCUUCGGCCACUGCCAUCGAUCCCGAAGUCUUCAACCCUUUCCUCUUCCUCCAGAACUACCUCCAGAACCUCAUGUCUGGCGGUGCCAACAUCCAAUUCGUUCUCGAGAAUUCAAGUGGUGAUUCCCCGUUCCGACUCCCUGCCAACCUCGGCGACUACUUCAUCGGGCCUGGCUUAGAGCAGCUCAUCCAGCAUCUUGCUGAGAACGAUCCCAACCGUUACGGCACCCCGCCUGCAUCAAAGUCUUCCAUCCAGUCGCUCCCUGAUAUCAAAGUCUCAGACGACCUGCUGGCGUCCGACUCAUCGCAGUGUGCCGUCUGCAAGGACACGUUUGAGCUCGGUUCGGUGGCAAAGCAGAUGCCGUGUAAGCACAACUACCAUUCGGACUGCAUCCUCCCGUGGCUUGCUCUGCACAAUUCUUGCCCUGUAUGCCGGUAUGAGCUCCCGACGGAUGAUCUGGACUAUGAGCAGCAGAUUCAAGGGACGCAGGCCCCAGUGAAUCCAGCAGCGGCAGAUUCUGGUGGGGCUGGCGAGUCACAGGGGAAUUCUCCGGCUGCUCAGACUGCGGAGCGGAGAUUUAGGAUCUCAUUGCCAUGGCCCUUCAGGGCUUUUGGAUCGCCAGCAGAGACAAGCAACAGUGGGAAUGGUAACAAUAAUGAAGGGGAGACGAAUCCGAAUUCAGGUGAUCGAAGGAAUCGGGAUUUGGGGUCGGAGACAAGGCAAGAAGAUUUGGAUUGAGGAUCAGAGCCAAUACAUCUGGUGCAAGAGAAAUCGAGGGACAAACCUAACGAAGCAUCAACUGAUAAAUCUGCUAGAGGCUUGAUGGAUGGAAUUGUAGAUGGAUCUAUGGGUGGACUAGAAUAAAGAUUGACAAGGGAUCUAUGGAAUCAGAGGAGAGGUUUCUUAGGAGAAUGAUGUCAAAUACUUGGGGAUGUGCAUUAGCGGAAAGUGUGUUAUAAAUUGCAUGAAUUUUGGGCCAAUUUUGGGGCAUUUGAGUGGGGUCUCUCAAAUUGGCAACGUUAUUCAUCCGAAUUUAAUUUAAUUAAUUUAUUAUUAUUAUUAUUAUUUUUAAUUUCUUGCCGCGGAAUGAUAUCAAAUGCUUAGGAAUGUGCAUUAGUGGGAUAAGUGUCAUAGUUUGCAUGAAUUUCGGGCCAAUUUGGGAUUCUGUCAAGUUAAUAAAAUCAUUAGAUGGGUUGAGACAACACUCUUACUGAAGAAUGAUCUGUUACACCAUCAUAAAUAAUGCUCAAAAUCACGAAAGAAUCCAUAUUUGGAAUUUUCUCAAUAA